AUGCCUACCCGAUUCUCGAACACCAGGAAGCACCGUGGACAUGUGUCGGCCGGUCACGGUCGUGUAGGAAAGCACAGGAAGCAUCCGGGUGGUCGUGGUCUUGCUGGUGGUCUGAGGCACCACAGGUCAAACAUGGACAAGUUCCAUCCCGGUUACUACGGUAAACUCGGUAUGCGCCACUACCAUCUCCUCCGCAACCACUACAUCCGCCCCACCAUGAACGUCGACAAACUCAUCUCCCUCCCCGAAGCCAAGGUCGACGCACCUGAAGGCACCGUCCCCGUCAUUGACCUCGUCCACCUCGGCCACUUCAAGCUGUUGGGCAAGGGCCGCAUCAACAAACCCUUCAUCGUCAAGACCCGCUUCGUUUCCGCACUGGCAGAGAAGAAGAUCAAGGAGGCCGGCGGUGUUGUCAAGAUCGUUGCCUAG